AUGCGCCGUUACCUUCAGAGCAAUAUUCAAAGAGACAAGUUAGCUACGCAGAAGAUGUUGCAGGCUAAAGUUGGACGUGAUGGAAAUAAGGCUGACAGCGGUGGCAGAAGGAAUCAGCCGGGAAGAAUUAGAGAAGCAGCAGCACUGUGGUGCUGUACCGUACCAGGAGAAGUAACCUCAGGGGGACGUCAUGACCGAGCCUUCCCAAAUUCUCUUCGCUCCCUUUGGUUUCCGUUGCAGUGGAAGAUCGACGACAAGCCGGUAAAAAUUGACAAAUGGGACGGUUCAGCUGUGAAAAAUUCGUUGGACGAUUCUGCCAAAAAGGUUCUCCUGGAGAAGUACAAGUACGUGGAAAAUUUCCGUUUGAUCGACGGCCGCCUCAUCAUUUGCACAAUCUCUUGUCUCUUUGCGAUUGUAGCUUUGAUUUGGGAUUACCUGCACCCCUUUCCUGAAUCCAAACCUGUUCUUGCCUUUUGUGUUGUAUCAUAUUUUGUGAUGAUGGGAAUCCUGACUAUCUAUACCUCAUACAAAGAAAAGAGUAUUUUCCUCGUAGCUCACAGAAAAGACCCCGCAGGGAUGGACCCUGACGACGUUUGGCAGCUCUCCUCCAGUCUCAAACGGUUUGAUGACAUGUACACCCUGAAGCUGACUUUCAUCAGCGGGAAAACCAAACAGCAGAGGGAAGCAGAGUUCACCAAAUCCAUCGCGAAAUUUUUCGAUAACAACGGGACGUUAGUCAUGGAGGCCUACGAACCGGAGGUGUCCAAGCUGCACGAUAGUCUGGCCCAGGAGAGGAAAAUAAAAUGAUUUCUGACACCGCCUGCCUCCUGGGAACGUGCUAAAUUAACACCAAUAAAGUAAAAUAGCAACGA